AUGCGCUCAACGGUUUCGGCCCGAGUGCUCGUGCUGUGCGUUGUGUCUGGCAGUCGUUAUUCGUCUCCGAACCGUGUAAGUUCCUCGCAAGCGAAGAAUAAUGGCUCGAUCAAAAAGCGAGGGAAGUCUACCCGCUGCAAGCUACGGGAGACCGGGGCGGAAACCUGGUGCGCCGGCGGCGGUGGCGAGGACGUCGACGGCGCUGGCGACGAUGCCGACAACGGCGGUGACGAUGACGCCGACGACGGCGAUGGCGACGACGCCGACGAUGGCGAUGACGACGACGCCGACGACGGCGAUGGCGACGACGCCGACGAUGGCGAUGACGACGACGCCGACGACGGCGAUGGCGACGACGCCGACGACGGCGAUGGCGACGACGCCGACGACGGCGAUGGCGACGACGCCGACGACGGCGAUGGCGACGAUGCCAACGACGGCAAUGGCGACGACGUCGACGACGGUGAUGGCGACGACGCCGAUGACAACGGCGAUGGAUAA